AUGGAUGGCCAGGAUAAUUUGCUGGCCAUGCCUGAAGAAUGGCCCAUGCAUGUGUGCAACGAUCGAAUUGAAAAGCGCGCUGAAGAACUUUCGGACCCCGUUCGAGAGGCCAACGACGUAGAUCGACUCCGAGAGCUUUCGGUCUCCCACUCUGGUAUCGAAGCAACUACCGCCAGGCUCCUCCAACAGCUAUAUUGUUUGCGACGCAACAACGCCCCCGCUGCGCGGGAAUAUAUUCGUCUUGUGGCUGCCGCCGUGUCCCACGCCACCGUAGUCGGCUAUGACGUACACGGCUCCAAUGGCCACUUUGAGACAUGCCUCGGUCUCGUUCGCACAUGCAUCCAACACCCAGCUUACGACAGCACCGCCCGCGCCAAUUUCCGUCUCUUACUACAAAAGCUCCUCCACCUGCAACAGCAAGCCGAGCUCAAAGCCCAACUUCAACAGCAGUCAUCCCAGAACGCAGGCUCGACUCACGCCAUCUCACCCAGCCCCACCUCACCACCCCCAGACCGACCCUCCUCAACGACCUCCACGUCCUCGCUGGCUGCCUUGGACACGGGUCGCGCCCCCGGCCUUCCCGCUGGAAGCAGACUAGCUGCAUGGACCUCAGAUGAUACCAUCGCACAUCCUCACGGGAGUCCUGACCCUGCUCUCGACCAGGACUUGGCUCACAACAGCGCCGAUAAGCGUCGCAAAGCGCGCCCCACCUUGACUCCACGUCGAUUGGCACCGGAUCGUCCCCCAGGCUUGCCCGACACCAAGGCCUCGCACCCUUCCACUGAUGACCAGCAAGCCCUUCCCCUGAGCAACUCACUAGCGCACGGCGAGGUCCUUGUUAGCGACAUGGCCACCUCGUCCGCUGACCACCUACUGGGCGAUGCCACCCGCGCUGCAUUUGAAAAUGCCGUCUCUUCUGGCGAUACUCCGGCUGAUCGGACCCCUCCCAGUGAGGGCAACCAAAGUCAUAUCAGGGCCUGGCUCAAGAAGCUACGACUGCACAAGUAUCAAUCCAUCUUCGCUUCGCUUUCGCAAGAAGCCAUAUUUGCCCUGACCGACGAAGAGCUGGAGAACCGAGGUUGGACCUUUCCUGCCGUGGAGAAAGCUGCCCACGCAAAUGACAAAAAUAGGACAAGCUAUGCAGAACAAUCCAGUUGCACGGUCGCGUGCCGCUGA